AUGUCUAUUUCAUCUUCUACUAUGCUUAUCAUCUGGCUUCUACUGUUUCUCAUAGCUAGAGAGACGAGUUCCUCCCCAGCCCGUCGCUCGCAGGACUGCCGCUGUCUGCCAAGCGACGCCUGCUGGCCUUCAUUCCACGAGUGGGAUGCCUUGAACCGCACCGUCAACGGGUAUCUGAUCCAGAUCCGACCAACUGGCUCGGUCUGCCAUGGCAGGGAAUACGAUCCAGCGCGAUGUGCUUUCGCCAGGAACUCCACGCAAGACUCCCUUUGGCGCAUCGCGGAAGCAGGUGCACUUCAGUCAGUGACCUGGGAAACACAGCAAUACCUCAACGGAAGCUGCUUCGUCGACACGCCCCGCGCCAUCCCCUGCGACCAGGGCCGCAUCCCUGUGUACGGGGUUCUCGCGCACUCCGCCGAAGACAUCCAGAAAGCGGUGCGAUUCGCACGCCACAACAACCUGCACCUCGCCAUCCGGAAUACCGGCCACGACGGUAUCGGCCGAUCGAGUGGUCUGGGGUCCUUCCAGAUCAACGUCAGUCUUUUGAAGAAGAUGGAAUUCCUGUCAGACUUCAAGCCGCAGGGAGGAGAGAUGUCUCGUGGGUCAGCGGUCAUCAUCGGCGCCGGGGUGUUAGGGCUCGAAGCCCUAGCCGCCGGCAAGAAAGAAGGGGUGAAUAUGGUGACCGGCACUUGUAGCUCUGUCGCUGCGACGGGUGGGUUUGUGCAAGGCGGUGGUCUGGGCUUCCUGGGCCCGGCGUAUGGAAUUGCUUCGGAUAAUGCGUUGGAAUUUGAGGUUGUUACUGCUGAGGGUGACCUAGUCAUCGCGAACGAAUACCAGAACGAGGACCUCUUCUGGGCCUUGCGCGGAGGAGGCGGAGGCACGUUCGGCGUGGUCGUCCGCACCACGAUCCGCACGUAUCCUGACGUCCCAGCCGUGCAUUUCCAGCUGACGGCGGAUCUUCCCCGGCAGCAGAAUGGAACCAAUGGCGGUGGGGAUCAAGCCAUCUGGGCCAUCGCCACUGAGCUCACCAACCUGCUCCCCGCGCUGAAACGCAUGGAUAACAAGACCAGCGCCAUCAUCGUGCCGCGGUUCCUGCAAGAUCGCGCGGGGCUGGAGGCACACGUUCUCUUCGUUAACACCACGGAUACAGCUCCGAUAGAGAAGCAGCUCAGUACGAUGCAUGAUGCUAUCGAAGCUCAGGGCGUAGCCUUGACGUACACCUCGGAGCUGACAGUGUACCCCGAGAUGUCCACCUGGCUCAAUAUCCCGCGCCAGCUAAAUGGGGGAGGCUACGGACUGGUUGAAGGAUCGGUAUUGAUCUCCGAGGACAUCUUCUUCUCGCCCAAUGGGACAUCCCAUAUCAUGGACGUGCUAUCCCAUUUGGAACACAUAGUCGGAGACUCGGUGGAGAUCCUGAUGUCCGUCGGAGGGCAAGUUAAAGCCAACAAGGACGUCGUCGACAGCGCCUUGCUCCCUGGAUGGCGCGAGGCCCAGCUCCUGCUGACGAUCCGACGUGCUCUCCCACCAACAUCCUUGACCAAGGCCAUGACAAACAGCCAGUUGCCGUUUGUUCGUGCUCUGCAGGUCCCGUCACUCGGGGUGUACUACAAUGUCGUCGACAUCGAGCAGCCGAACUCGCGUCGGGCGUUUUGGGGAGACAACUACGAACGGUUGUACGCGAUCAAGCAAAGGUGGGAUCCGGACGGGUUGUUUAUUGUGCGGAUGGGGGUUGGGAGUGAGGACUGGGAUGCUGAGGGGAUCUGUCGGGUGUAG